AUGGCGGAGGCUAUUAAAGAAACCGUCUCCAAUCUAAUUGGAAAAGUCACAGGCGCUGGCGAACCCGCUCCCCGCGAGCCCUCCGCUGAGGAAUUCCAGCAACUGCAGAAGAAGUACACCGACGCUGGACAAGGCCACGUCUUUGCCUUUGUUGAGGAGCUGUCCACCGUCGAGAAGUCAAUCCUCUUCCACCAGCUGAAUAACUUCGAUCCCGCCCGCAUCAAUGAUCUGGCCAACACCGCCCUGCACCCUCCCAAAACCGAGCAGACCACCGUGACGGUUGAGCCCUUGCCCGAAGCUGCCACUGCCUCCAUUAUCGACUCCGACCCCGCUGACGUCCAAAAAUGGUACGACCUCGGUCUGAAGGAGGUGUCCGCCAACAAGGUCGCUGUCGUUCUGAUGGCUGGCGGUCAGGGUACCCGCCUCGGUAGCUCUGCUCCCAAGGGGUGCUUUGACAUUGGCUUGCUGAGCCAGAAGUCUCUGUUCCAGCUCCAGGCUGAGCGUAUCAUCAGGCUGCAGGAGUUGGCUAAGAAGGCACAUGGCGUCGAGAAGCCUAUCAUUCCUUGGUACGUGAUGACCAGCGGCCCUACUCGCAAGCCAACGGAAGACUUCUUCCGAAAACACAGCUACUUCGGCCUGGAGGAGAAGAACGUGUUUAUCUUCGAGCAGGGGGUUCUACCGUGUAUCUCGAAUGAUGGCAAGAUCAUGCUCGAGGCAAAGGGCAAGGUCGCUGUCGCCCCCGAUGGAAACGGCGGUAUCUACCAGGGACUUGUGACUUCCGGUGCACGUGAGGACAUGCGCACGCGUGGUAUCCAGCAUAUCCACAUCUUCGGCGUGGACAAUUGUCUCGUUAAGGUGGCCGACCCCGUCCUCAUUGGUUUCUCUGCCUCCAAGGAUGUCGACAUUGCUACCAAGGUGGUGCGCAAGCGCAAUGCCACCGAGUCCGUCGGCCUGAUUAUCCAGAAGAAUGGCAAGCCCGAUGUCGUCGAGUACUCGGAGAUCGACAAGGAGACCGCCGAGGCUAAGGACCCCAAGCAGCCCGACGUGCUCAAGUUCCGUGCCGCCAACAUCGUCAACCACUACUACUCUUUCCGCUUCCUCGAGUCCAUUGAGAACUGGGUGCACAAGCUGCCUCACCACGUCGCCCGCAAGAAGAUUGCCUGUGUCAACCCUGAGAACGGCGAGGCCGUCAAGCCGGAGAAGCCCAACGGCAUCAAGCUCGAACAGUUCAUCUUCGAUGUUUUCCCUAUGACUCCUUUGGACAAGUUCGCCAGCCUUGAGGUGCGCCGUGAGGACGAGUUCUCGCCUCUCAAGAACGCCCGUGGCACCGGCGAGGAUGACCCGGAUACCAGCCGCGCAGACAUUCUGAAGCAAGGCCAACGAUGGGUCGAGGCUGCUGGUGCUGUUGUGAUCACUGAUGGCGAGGCAUUCGGGGUCGAGGUUUCUCCUCUAAUCAGCUACGCCGGAGAGAACCUGGAGUUCUUGUCUGGGCGUGAGAUCAAGGCCCCGGCGAUCCUCGAGAAGGAGGAAUAG